CUCCUCAUCCUCUGUCUUGCCCAUCUCUUCUAUCCCUGACAGAGACUAGUAGAGAUCUCUACUAGUCUUCCUCUCGCAUCUCCUCCAAAUUGCCUCGAAGAUACUAGUUCGACGGGGUUUCGAAAACUCAGUCCGUUGGCAACAAACAGCACGACACGUCGCCUUUCUGCCCUUUGAUGAAAAGAAAGUUGAUAGCCUUGUGAAAUGACUACAAGAUAUCGCAUCCCCUCCUCGGCCUACCCGGUCCCCCCUGCCUCUAUCCAUUCCACAAAUCCUCUCCAUCCGCCAUCUGACAAGCCGAACAAUAUCAUCGAGCACACCAAGAAAGAUGCAACUGGCAGGGUCUCCGUCAAGAAGUAUCUCAAGGGAGCUCUCCUGGGGAAGGGAGGCUUCGCAAAAUGCUUCCAAGUGACCGACCUGGACACGAAGGAGGACUGGGCUUGCAAGAUCAUCCAAAAGUCCUCGCUGACCAAGCAGAGACACAAGCAGAAGUUGCAGUCGGAGAUCAAGAUCCACAAGUCCCUCAGCCACAAGAACAUCGUUAGGUUCCAUGAUGUGUUCGAGGACAAGGAGAAUGUCUACAUCGUCAUGGAACUGUGCCCUAACCAGACGAUGCUCGAGCACGUGAAGCGCAGGAAGCGGCUGUCAGAAUCUGACACCAGACGGUUCAUGCUUCAGAUCCUGGACGCUGUUCGCUUCAUGCACCAGUACAGAGUGAUCCAUCGAGACCUGAAGUUGGGGAACUUCUUCCUGGGCAAGAACAAUGAGGUCAAGAUCGGGGACUUCGGGCUCGCCUGCAAGCUGCAGUUUGACGGGGAGAGAAAGAAGACUCUGUGCGGCACCCCCAACUACAUCGCACCUGAGGUGCUGGACGGGAAGGACGGCCACAGCUACGAGGUUGACAUCUGGAGCAUUGGCGUCAUCCUGUACACCUGCCUGGUGGGCAAGCCUCCCUUCGAGACGGCUGACGUGAAGUCGACAUACAAGCUGAUCCAGUCAAACACGUACUCGUUCCCUCCUCGGCUGGAGAUCAGCGAGUCAGCCAAGGCGCUUGUGAGGUCGAUCCUGCAGUCGAGGCCAGAGAAGAGGCCGUCGAUCGAGGACAUCAUGAGGGACGACUUCUUCCUCGGGCAGGGGAUCGCGCUGCUGCAGGGCAGGGACGACCCGCUGAACACAAGCGGGAACAACAGCGGGAACCGAGGGAAGCUCAAGGACGCCCUGAUCUUCUCCAGCUCCGACAGGGACUCGGAGUCGUCACCCACCAAGAAAGUGACGAAGCAGAUGGGAGCGCUGGAUGUCAAGGACAAGACCAACUUUCUCCUCCCGACUUCCUCCUCCUCCUCCUCCUCCGAUCCAGCCACUACCAUUCAACGGAAGGCCUCCGACUGCGGGUCGGACGCGGCAUCCUCUGCAUCCACAGCCAGCGCGCCUGUCUCGGCGAGGUCGGACAAGGAUGUCCCGGUGGCAUCGGCCGCCGUUGAGGACGAGCAUGCGAUGAGGAACAUGCACAACAACAUCACUGCAGCCCUGAGCUCGGCGGUCAAGGGGUCGUCGUCGUACGUGGGGACCCUGCCGCUGCCCCAGGUGUGGGUGAGCAGCUGGGUGGACUACUCGAAGAAGUAUGGGCUGGGGUACAAGCUGAGCAACGAUCAGUACGGAGUGUUUUUUAACGACUCGACCAAGAUCCUGCUGCAGUUGGACGGGAGCUCGUUCGAGUACAUGGAGAGGCAAAGAAUGGACGGGAACAACGUCAAGUUUGACAAGCGAUCGAGCUACACGAUGGGUGAGCGGCCUGCAGAGCUGAACAAGAAGGUGACGCUGCUGGGGCACUUCAAGAACUACCUCAACGACUCGAGCAAGGUAGAAGGAGGAGACAAGGGGAAGGAGGCCUUCGACCGGAGCAACGUGGCGAAGGAGACAGAGGAUGGAAUCUACGUGAGGAAGUGGAUGAGGACGAGGCACUCGGUCAUCUUCCGCCUCAGCAACAACUGCUUCCAGAUCUCCUUCAACGACGACUCUGAAGUCUUCCUGUGGGCCUCCAGGAGGUGGGUCACGUACCGGAGUAGGACGAAGCCGCUGCGCACGAUGGACCUCAAGGAUGCGGCAUGCGAUGCCGACAUUGCCAAGAGGCUCAAGUACGCGGAUGACAUCCUGGUGCAGCUGCUGGCGGCCUGAGGUUGAGCUGGAGACAUUUGGCUGUUUUUUUUCCAUCUUUUCGGUUAUUCUUUGAUACGCUUAAUAAGAAAUUGUUUGUGAAACUU